AUGUGCACCGCAUCGUCCAAGUCCCGAGCAGACGGUGGGUCUAUAGUAAACACACGACGAAUACCUGCAGCAGCAGCAGCAGCAGCAGCAGCAGCAGCAGCAGCAGCAGCAGCAGCAGCAGCAGCAGCAGCAGCAGCAGCAGCAGCAGCAGCGGCAGCAGGAAUGCCAGUAGCAGCAAAAGCAGCAGCAGCAGCAGGAAUGCCAUUAGCAGCAGCAGCAGCAAAGGCAGUAUCGGCAAUAAAUGCUAGUAACAGCAGCAAGAACAGCAGCAGCAGCAGUAGCAGCAACAGAAGCAGCAGCAGCAGUAGCAGCAACGCAAGCAGCGGCAGCAACAGCAGCAGCAACAGCAGCAGCAGCAACAGCAGCAGCUGCAGCAGCAGCAACAGCAGCAGCAGCAGCAGCAAGAAGCGAUUGUUACCCCUCAAGUCUACCCUUCGGCGGAUUUCAUCAUCUGCAGCAAAACACAAAACCCCACACAAACCACCGCCUCCUCAGCAGCAGCAGCAGCAGCAGCAGAAGCAACAGCAGCAGCAGCAGCAACAGCAGCAGCAGCAAGAGUAG